AUGGUUGUAGGCCGCGUCGUUCGUCCGAUCCGCCCCGCUGGCUCUUCUUGUGAGAUUGACGCAGCCCUGGAAAAGGCUUUUCGCCUUGUAUCCGAUGAUGGGAUUGCCGAAUGGCUCUGGACACAUCUUUCCAAUUUGUUGUCCAGUUUAUCUACAGAACACAGCAGUUCAAGAUCUAAAUCAUUUCGUGUCAUCGUGCUGGGCAACGGUCACUUCGAUGCACCGUGGGAAGCCGGCGCUCACCAGCUGGCUGUUGCCUCCUAUAUUGCGAGUAGGCUCGACGCCGUGGUGGAGAUGCAAGACCCGUGCUUCAGCCAAGAAGAGAUCGGCUGGCUGAAUGACAAACCGGGUUACCAUCAUAUCACAAAUGUUGAGAAAGUUGUGACAUCACACGAUCGUACAGUGAUUUUCUGCAUCCAUGCGCCACACACGGUCCUUAAUAAUUUGUUGAAAAGCAACUGGACGGCAGAACGCCUGAACCGGAUGCUGCUGAUCGGCAACGAUUACAAAAGUGUCAACCUCGCUACGCAAUCUGCUGGCCCAGACGGAGAUUUAUCAUGGAUCAGUUGCUACGCACAACGGUGUGAGAGCACCCCGCUCCCGAGCUACAGCUUGAAUAAAACCUUCUUUCACGACACAAGUGUUUCGUUCUGGCCAAAUAUUCAGGAUGCAGAUCUGCGUUUGAGU